CGGCGGGGAUCAAGGAGCGGAAAUGGGCGGCCAGGUGUCAUCAGUGGACGGCGUGCACGUGGUGGUUGUGGGCGGCGGCUUUGGGGGCGUGGCUGCAGCUCAGCAGCUGAGGUCUGGGGGCGUGAGCUUCACUCUGAUCGACAGCAGAGACUCGUUCCAUCACAACGUGGCGGCGCUGCGAGCGGCGGUGAAGCCCGGCUUGGCUCAGAGAACCUUCAUCCCGUUCAGAGACACGUUCGGAGACGCCUUCGUUCAAGGUCGAGUGGAGCGCGUGGACGUGGAGCGCCAGGCCGUCGUCCUGCGGGGGGGCAGGGAAGUGGCGUUCUCUCACCUCGUCCUCUGCACCGGCACCGACGGCCCGUUUCCUGGAAGCUUCGCCGCGGAGGGGGAGGAGUCAGGUCCGAGCGGCGUGCAGGCGUACGAGGACUUCACUCAGCAGGUCCAGGCUGCAGGCUCUGUGCUGGUGGUGGGGGGGGGCUCCAGCGGCGUGGAGAUGGCUGCUGAGAUCAAGGCGGAGCAUCCAGAGAAGAAGGUGGUUCUGAUUCACUCCAGGAUGUCUCUGGCCGACCCGGAGCUGCUGCCGAGCGUCCGGCGUGAGGCCGAAGAAGUUCUGCUGCAGAAAGGAGUGGAGCUGGUGCUGGGUGAGAAAGUGGACAACCUGUCCCGGCUGCAGCUGAACGUCACCAGCAGGAACAUGGCGGUGACCACGGAGCGAGGAGCGACUCUGACCACGGACCUGAUCGUCUGCUGCACGGGUCAGAAGGUCAACUCCUCAGCGUACGACUCCAGCUUCUCCGCCAGCAUGGCCGCCGGCGGCGCCCUGAAGGUCAACCAGCACCUGCAGGUUCAGGGUCACACCAACGUCUACGCCCUGGGCGACUGCACCGACGUCAAAGAGCCCAAGAUGGCGUACCACGCCCAGCUGCACGCCGCCGUCGCCGUGAGCAACAUCGUCAACAGUCUGAGGGGCAAGCAGCUGACGUCCUAUCACACAGGCAGCGUCACCAUGUUGCUGGCGAUGGGCCCGGACGACGGCGUCGGGCAGUUUAACGGUUGGAAGUUACCACGAUGUGCCGUCGUCCUCGGGAAGAGUCGAGAUCUGCUGCUGUGGAAGAGCUGGAGGGACAUGAAGCAACAACAACCCUGAGAGAGACACACACACACACACACACACACGUUUGUACUUCAUGUUGUGUAUUAAACGUGAUUCUCUACUCGA